GAUACCGUAAGUGUUUGUUAACGAAGUCAUCUGACUCUGUCUGUGUAUAUACUGACACUGGGAUAGGAGAAUGUAUAUAUAAUAUAGGCACUUACAUUAAUAAAUAAAUAAUCAAAUGAGUCAGUGGAAUUGAACAAUAUAUUUUCUCGAGCAUCUCUCCAAUAGCUACUCCUUUAGGUUGCUCGCGCCAGCGUCAGAGUUGGUGACCGCCAGAGGGGGAAAGGCGCGCAGCUACUGUCGACAGAGGAGAAGGGCAAAGCAUCUCAUUUGGACUUCUCAUCCUGAAAAAAGGUCCGGAGUGUAGAUUAUAGCGUAGUUCACGAGCAGCCGGGCUCACGUCGCGUUAUUACUGAAAAACCGUUAUUUAGAUAGCACUGCAUUCCACCCGUGCUUGUCCAUUCUCGUGUAUUCCGUUGACUAAGGUGAGGAAGCAAUUGGCCGUCUAUCCAAUGCGAGGCUACUGCUAGAAGGAAUAGCCUAGAUUUGAAUUGAGGUUGAAGACUUUACCCAAACCAUUCUGACGUGCUAUAAAGCGCCACACUGUCGUAAGAAUCUGAUCUAGUUCUCUCUCUAGAUCUUUGUUUUUGCUGUGGGGUGAUCAUAUAGAUUUCACGGCUAGCGUAGUGUUACGUAAGAGUCGCUAGCUUUAUCCAAGGUGCUGAACUGAACGGAAGCCUAGCUUACUAAGGGACGCGACGAAUAUUGACCAUUUUGCUCCAGAAGGUCACAGGCCUACCCGUGAGGGAUUUGGAGAGGACUGCACCGGAAUUUGGUGAUACACAUUUUCCGUGUCGAAAGCGGUUUAGGAUAUUUUUUUAAUCAACCUGGUGAACGUAAUUCCUGAAGUGGUCUACUAUACGGGGAGAAAAUGUCGGGGCAGACGCUCACAGAUCGCAUUGCCGCUGCGCAAUACCAGCUGACGGGAUCAGACAUGGCUCGUGCCGUCUGCAAAGCCACCACUCACGAGGUGAUGGCGCCGAAGAAGAAGCACCUUGAGUAUCUGAUCUCCGCCACCAACGCCACAAACGUCAACAUCCCUCAGAUGGCCGACACGCUGUUUGAAAGGGCCACCAACGCCAGCUGGGUCGUGGUCUUCAAGGCCCUCGUCACUACUCACCACAUGUGUGUCCAUGGCAACGAGAGGUUUAUCCAGUACCUGGCAUCCAGAACAGCACUGUUCAACCUCAGCAACUUUAUCGACAAAACUGGCUCUCAUGGAUAUGAUAUGUCUACCUUCAUCAGACGAUACGGCCGCUACCUGAAUGAGAAAGCCUUCGCCUAUCGCCAGAUGGCUUUCGACUUCACCAAGGUCAAGAAAGGCGCUGACGGGGUGAUGAGGACCAUGACUCCUGAGAAACUCCUGAAGGGCAUGCCCAUUCUGCAGGCCCAGAUCGACACGCUGCUGGAGUUUGAUGUCCAUCCCAAGGAGCUUAACAACGGCAUCAUCAACGCAGCGUUCCUGCUGCUCUUCAAGGACCUUGUGAAGCUCUUUGCCUCCUACAACGACGGUGUCAUCAAUCUGCUGGAGAAGUACUUCAAAAUGAAGAAGAGUGACUGCAAGGAGGCUCUGGAGAUCUACAAGAGGUUCCUGACCAGAGUGACCAAGAUCGGAGAGUUCCUGAAGCUCGCUGAGACUGUUGGAGUUGAGAAAAAUGACAUUCCUGACAUCAACUAUGCUCCCAGCAGCAUCCUGGACUCUCUGGAGACACAUAUGAACAGCCUGGAGGACCAGAAGGGAGGAAAGAAGGGGUCUCCUACAAAGGGAUCUCCCACCAACAAUGUGUCCCCCACCUCCACGCCCGCCAAGUCAGCCGCUGUCCCGACUCUCGAGCCCCCGCCCACUGAGUCGGAUUCCCUGUUGGACUUGGAUCCUCUCUCCUCCUCAGGACCGUGUGUCGGGGCAUCAGCAGCCCCCACAUCCUGGGGAGACCUCCUUGGGUCAGAGAUGGCCGAGUCCCUGCUUCCAGCCCCAACCCUUGCUGUAGACUCCACCCCCUCUCCCGCUGCGGUAACUCCCUCUGCUGCCGUGGAGACAGCUCUGGCUCCUCCCCCUAGCGUCGUCGCCAGUAUGGACCUGCUGGGAGAUGCAUUUGCUACCCCUGCUGCUCCUAGCGAUGCCCCUGCUGCAGCCGAGGGCGGGGCUACGGAAGCCACACCCACCCCAGCAGCAGACACUGGAGCCGACCCCUUUGGCUCUGGUGAUGCUAGCUCAAACUCAGGCACCUCGUCUGGGAUGGACUUGUUUGCGAUGAUGCCUACGGAGAACAAUGUUGGAGGAGCGGGUUUCAAGCCCUGCUUCACCUCAGCUGCCGGCCCUCCUGUUCCACCUCCACCUCUCAUUAACUCCACCCCUAGCAUCCGCAUCCCCACCCCAUCGAAAAACCUCUUCAGUGAUUUCUUUGAUUCCAUGCAAGAACCAAGUUUCUCCAAAGUUGAUCCCACUCCCAGUGUUGAUUUGUUUGCAGCAGCAGAUGGCUUCUCCUCCACCCCCCUCCUCUCAUCCGCCCCCCUCCUCUCAUCCGCCCCCCUCCUCUCAUCCGCCCCCCUCCUGUCAUCUGCCCCUCCACCCAAACCGGACUCUUCAAACAUCAUGGACCUGUUUGGGGGUCCCUCGCCCCCCCCCUCGCUCUUCCCUGAGGAGGGGGUGGGAGGGUUCUCAUUAGAUGGGGUCAUUUUUGAGUCCACUGGAGGCGAGCCCCAGCCAGCAGCCCCUGGAGCAGAGCUAAUGUCAGUGUUUGAUGGGCUAGGUGAUGUGAUGAAGCCUGCUGUGACGCCACAGGGCUCCUCCACCAUGGGAGCCUCUUCUCCCAGCAAGCCCAUGGGAGACCUGGACUCCACCAUGGCUAACCUGGCUGGCAAUCUGGGAAUGGGCCCUGCAGCCCCCCCUCAGAACGUCCCCAUGGGAAUGCCUCCUUAUAUGGGCUCUUUCCCUAACCCUGGACUCUGCAUGUCUGGGGCCCCCGGGGUUGGAGCGCCCAUGAUGCCGAUCGUCAGGCCAGGCUUCCCUCCAGCCGGGGCCUCCGGAGCCCCGAUGUCUCCAGGCAUGACUCAGAGCCCCCGCAGGCCUCCACCCCCGAAGAAUGCCCUGGAUGAUCUCAACAUCAAAGACUUCAUGUAGACCUCCCCCAGCAGUUGUCGUUGUGGAUGUGGAUGUGCGCCCUCGUUACCCCACCUCCCUCGUCAUAUCCCAGCCAAUCAGCCAUCAGCACUACUCGGCUCCUCCCUUCUUAAACUCUGCCCUUUCCGUCUAAUGUUGUAGCACAAAUUGUGAUUGUGAACUCAUAGAUACAGAAAUCAAAAACAGUGUAUGUGCGUGAGUGUGUUCUUCAAUGUUAUCCUUGACUUAAACUAAGAGAAAAAAGAACCAUAAAAAACAAGUGUAUUUAGAUUUAUUCUGGAUUUUCUGCUCAUCAGCUGACUUGGAAUGGUGGAUAUGUGUUUUCCCAGGCGAGGACUGUGUUGUUUAUUGUGGACUGUUUUUGAUGUGUGGCCAAUCCCUGCCCUUUCACUCCCUGUUGUCCAGUCAAUACUGAGCUGUGUUUAUUACAUCCCUCCAUGCUUGGUUCUCUCCCUCCAUCCUACCAGCCAGACUCUCUGACAACAGUUACAGGCCUAUAUAGGCCUGCAAUUUUCACCACAAACUUUGUUUUUCGUAGAGACAAAUCAUGUCAACUCAUGCUUUCUGUUGAUCUUAUUUUUGUUUUAUAUUUUGUCCCUUUGAAGGAUUGUGAUUUACAUGCAAAACUUUUUGACUAUGUUCGAAUUGACAUAUACAUUUCAGAUCAUUUUAAAGAUAGAUUUCACCUAUAUUUAUUUAAUAUUUAUUUUGAAAGAAAUUGUAUCAUAUAUUUUUGUCAUGUUUAUGAAUCCCAUGGUGGAAAAAAAAGCAAAAAGUCCCUUUCCCUCUUGUACAUAAUCUCAUCUGUAUUCAGAGGCAAGUUUGAAGGCAAACUCAGCCCCAAGUAUUCCCUAUUGCUCUCCUUGGUGGUGUGGAGUGGUACUGCAUCUUAGCAUGUCAAUCCAGGUUGACCUGGGCUGUGUUCCAAUACUCCACCUUUCUUUGUCUCCUUUUCUUGUCUCCUCUCCAAUUCGAACAACAAAUUAGGUACCUACAAAAAAGUCAGCUAGCAUAAACCUCCACAUCUUGCUUGCUGAUCAGGGGUUGCAGAGAGAAGGGUACAAGGAGAGGUGGUGUGUUAAGAGAUGGGCCCCCUGGCCCAUGUGUUUGUGGAGCAGAUCAGUGUGGUUGUACAGUCUCCAAUGGUGGUGCUAAAGAAGUCUUUCACUGUAAAGCACUCAGAUAUACACUGGAUGUUUGUGUUUUUUUCUCCAAAAGUGAUUACUGUAUCUUAAUCUGUUGUGAAAAAAAGACUAAUAAAACGAGAAUGUGAUGA